AUGAUCAGUAUUAUUUCUGGCCUUGAUUUCCUAUUUUUUGGUUAUGACCAAGGUGUCAUGGGUGGUCUACUAACCCUAAACUCAUUUGUUACUACUUUUCCAAAUAUCGACACCACCAAGGCCGGCUUGAUUUGCCUCAGCCGGUCUGAGCAGAGCCAGCGUUCUACCGUGCAGGGUAUUACCACAGCUUCGUAUAACCUUGGCUGCUUCUUCGGAGCUAUAUUCUGUAUCUGGAUUGGAAACUAUCUUGGCCGUCGCAAGACAAUCUUCGUCCGCUCCAUUAUCAUGGCUUCCCUACCUGGCAGUCUGGGUGCAGCAAGGCACACGUACAUUAUUCUCGCAGUCAUCAACGCCUUCAUCUUCCCUGUCGUCUACUUCUUCUACCCUGAGACCGCAUACCGCUCUCUCGAGGAAAUGGACAUUAUCUUCCAGAAGAGUACGAGUGUUUUCAACGUUGUAUCUGUCGCCCGGAAUGAGCCCCACCGUUUCGGCAAGAAUGGCGAGCUUCUUAUUAACUACCAGGACACUGAGGAGCAUAUGCGCCGCGCUAGUCACGUUUCUGAAACGCAGAUUAAGACUCUCUCGUCGGGCUCGGAUUUGGAGAGUGGCAAGGGCACGCAUAUUGAGAAUAACGGCAGCAUAUCGGAUAGCAGCUAA